AGAGCGCAGAAAACCCAAAAAAAAAAAAAUCCACCAUACCUUUCUUUAUAGUCUAUACACACAACAACAAACAUGGCUCGUGGUAAGAUCCAGAUCAAGAGGAUUGAGAACACCACCAAUCGUCAGGUCACCUACUCCAAAAGACGAAACGGUCUCUUCAAGAAGGCCAAUGAGCUCACCGUUCUCUGCGACGCCAAGGUUUCCAUUAUUAUGUUCUCCAGCAGCACCGGCAAACUCCAUGAGUACAUUAGCCCCUCCAUCUCAACAAAGGAGUUCUUCGAUCAGUACCAGAAGACCGUAGGGAUUGAUCUAUGGAGCUCCCACUAUGAGAAUAUGUUAGAGAACUUGAAGAAGCUGAAAGAGGUGAACAAGAAUCUUCGUAGGGAGAUUAGGCAGAGGAUGGGGGACUGCUUGGAUGGUCUGAACAUGGACGACCUGAACCUACUUGAGCAGGAAAUGGAACAGGCCACCAAGGUCAUUCGUGAGCGAAAGUACAAGUCGCUUGGUAAUCAGAUCGACACUCAAAGGAAGAAGUUCAAUAACGAGAGAGAAGUCAACGGCAGACUCAUACGUGACUUUGAGGCAAUAAGAGCAGAAGAUCCACGUUUUGGAUUAAUAGAAAAUCCAGUGGAGUAUGAUGCUGUGAUGGGAUUCUCCAAUAUAGGUCCUCGCAUGUUUGCAUUGAGCCUUCAGCCUAGUCAUCCUAAUCCUCAUUCCGGAGCGCCAGCCUCAGAUCUCACCACUUAUCCUUUGCUCUUCUAGCUCCGCCUCAUCCAUCACCUUUCUCAAAAACUGCCACCUUUAGUUUCCAAUAAAUCGGACCUAUUUGUAGUGCAUGCAUGUUUGCUGUUUGAAAUUUAUCUGCAUGUAGUUACUAUCCUAGCUAAAACCCUAAUUAAUUACUGUAUAAUUUUGUAUCC